UUCACUUCAGAUGUUAUUCUUGGCCACAUUUUUUCCAACAUGGGAAGGAGGAGCCGGAGUUUAUGACUUUGUUGGGGAAUUCAUGAAGGCAACGGUAGAUUUGGCCGACCUGCUGGGCCUCCAUCUAGUCAUGUCUCGUAAUGCUGGUAAAGGAGAGUACAAAAUCAUGGUGGCUGCUAUGGGCUGGGCAACAGCUGAACUGAUAAUGUCCAGAUGUCUUCCUUUGUGGGUUGGAGCCAGAGGCAUUGAGUUUGACUGGAAAUACAUUCAGAUGAGCUUCGACUCCAACAUUAGUUUGGUCCAUUACAUCGCAAUGGCAGCAGUUGUGUGGAUGUUCACCAGAUACGACCUUCCUAAGAGCUACAGACUGCCAGUCACUGUGCUGUUGACUCUUUGUGUCUACAAGGCAUUCCUCAUGGAGUUGUUCGUUCACGUUUUCCUGUUGGGCAGCUGGACCGUCCUUUUGGUGAAAGCUGUGGUGACCGGUGCCAUCUCUCUUUGUUCACUCUUUCUUUUCGUCACCUUGGUCCACAAUAACUAAAGGCGCCACAACCACCAGAGAAAAUCCUUGUGGACUCAAGACUGGACAGAGGUUCAAUACAUGAAACAAGAUGUUAAAUUACCUCUGGGACUUUAUAGACCAAGAUGGUAGUCUGAUUUGAAUAACUCCUGACAUCUUAAGAUUUACAUGUUGUAAUGAUUUGAUUUAGUAUUAGUUUUUAUACUUGGAGUAUAAGAUGUUGUGAAAUUUGAUGAUGAAUAGAGAGAUUUCUAAUGAAUUAAAAUUAAUGAGUGUUAAUGGGACUUAAGAGAAUUAAAGGAACCGUAUCUGCGCUAUUAGUUUAAACCAGUAUAAUAAAUAGGCAAUGCCUCUUGUGAAAACUAUCACCUUCACUCACUGAGCCGCAGAGGCUGCACUAGCACUGAUCAAUAAUUGGCUGCAGGUACUGGGGGUUGGGUAGUGAUGAUUCAGUUCAGAGAGACCUUUUACGUUUUAACCACCUAGAUUUCAGCAUUGGAACUGGAAGCCCAAAUGUGAGGCUCAUUCCGUUUUCAGAAUCAUGUCAGACUAAAAUGCCAUAUUAUAACAUAAACAACCUGGCCAUCAUGCCUAAUGUUUUUCUAAUUAAUAAUAAAAUCAGCAUUACAGUUGUUAUCUUA